UAUGAUUAUUAUUUAAGUCAAUAUGAAGGUUUAUUUAUUAAAUCAAUUCGAAUUGCUUAUAGAAAAUAUUUAUUAUUUUUAUUUAUAUUAAUAUUACCAUAUUUAUUUCAAUAUAUAAUUAAUAAUAAAUCAAUUAAAAAAUCCAUAUUAAUUGAUAUUGAUGAUUGGUCUCAUUUAAAAAAACAUAAUCUAUUUAUUGCUUAUUAUAACCAAAAUGAUCAAUUUAAUCAAGAUUUAUUUAAUAAAAUAUCAUCAAGAAUAAAUAAAUAUUCACCAUUGACUAAUAUAUAUACAUUAAAUAAUAUAACUAAUAUUCAACAAUUUGAUUAUUUUUAUUGGAGUAAGAUUUAUUAUUAA